AUGAAGUGGAUCUCAAGUACUGAGCGCCUAGUAAGAGCAACCGAACGUCCAUCUUCAAAGGGUGAGUUGAUAUCACACUCCACAAUGUUUAACGGUGUGCGUGGCAGCGCUGCUCGGUUGUGGAUCGAAGACUAUUCGGGCACGCCAAGACGGUAUAGGGGAUGAAACCCUUGUUGUGUGUGGAAAAACAAUGUCACAACAGGGUUUACAGUGAUCUGCGAGGAUACUGGAGCGACUGGCUUUGGGCAUGAGCAUACAACCAGCGAGACACUGGCGGCCUGACAUGAGGACAUAGCAUCAAAAGUCCCUAUGUGACCCCCCUCUGGCUUUUCAUAUUUUACGAGCAAAUGACGACAGACGGAGUUGCGAAGUUUAAGUCAAGUAUUGUAAGGACACGAGGAGUAACGGCUAAGUGGACAGUUGGAAAGUAAUGAGUGCUAGUGCAAACCCCGUGGGUAGCUGUGUCUCCCGCAUCCCUCCCCAUGCUAACUCCAGAUUACAGCCCCCGGCCGAUAUCACAUGAUACCUAACCGCAUGGUGACUAUUGGCCACAAAUCCGUCAGUGCCACCGUGGGUAGCACUAAAUGCGACUGAUUGGAGAGAAAAUGAGAGGUCCAUGACGUAUUUAAAAGAUGGAGACUCGAUAGGUGGAACGAGGAUUAAAACGCCCACCAUCAACAACUGUGGUGAACUCAUCGCACCUAACGAGCAGGCUGCGGGCGACUGAGCGGUAAUUGCACUAAACGGAAGCACAUAAAACGGGUGCGAGAGGUGACAGUUUUAGUGGGAGUGUGGUGGCUUAGCAACCGCACCCCAUAAAUACUAUGCCCGGUGUGCGCUCGUUGUUUUAUCUUUUGCAGUCUCGGAAUGAGUGUUUGAGAGGGGAUUCGAGACAUCAGACAACUAAAGUACUUGUACGGCCGCUUAAUACUAACUACACGGAUGUAAAUGUACUAACGCACAAGCAGCAGUGGAGGCAGCUUUCAACUGAGUGUACUGAAUUACGAAGUACGGGAAUCAAACUCGCGUACACGUAUGGGCAAUAGGCGCAAGCAAAAAAACGAGGUUGUCCUGUUACUGCUGCCUUCUAGUGCGGUCUCUAGUUCAGGACAACUCUUCCUUAGGUUAAAAUCUGAUUCAUGUGCCGCACGAGGAGGGACUGCCUAACUUUGUUGGUUACUGAACCCAUGCACAACAGUAGCCGUCUUGGCCCUGUAUUGCCACUUGAGUUUGGGAAAAAGAACAAAAUCUUCGUUCUAUGGACAGUGGUACACCUCACAGUUUGCGUCCUUCGAACUUUUUAAUAGUCAGGUUCACCGUCCACUCUCCUACAUAGAUAUUUCGAUGUCCUUCGAGUUAAGCUAGGCAGACGCCCCAAAAUAGCAGCUGCGGGAAAAUGGGCAACUUAGUAGCCACCAUCUAUGUAUUCAGGAAUAAACAGGGAAAGUAAGAAGUGUCCUUUAUGAUCUCCCGAAAAUAGAGACGGGGACCAUACUUAGCUGUCAGUGCGAAUGAUACCUUUGCUGUUCUCCAAAUGCAUAAAAAUAUACUGUCUGGUUUAGUGCUCCGCUUCUUGACCUAGUCACCAGACUUUUGCUGUGGAAAGAAGGGCAAAGGGGUAAAGUUUGCACAGGGGAGCCUGCUUCGCACCCUAGUGAUCUUAAGUCAGUGUAACAGACGUUGUAAUAGGAAACCUGCUUCUUCACAACUUAGGAUUCGCAGGCCAUUUUACUGCUGACUUCUCUGAAACCACUUUCAAGUCACUUACCUAGUGGGUUUUGCCCCAUUUGGCAAAAAUAUGUUGUUUUCCAGGAUUACGUAGUGAGUGAGGCAGCUAACGCUAAAUAUGCUGCUGUCUGAGGCGAUGGAGGUAUCUACUUUUCAAUAUGCAAACGAAAAUGGGAUAACUCGUGUUUAGUAUAAUGAGUAUAUAGACACAAGGGAAAGACCUCCAGCCAGAAAGGGCCGCAUGGCGGUCUAAAUGGUAACGGUGGGGUGUAGGACCCCACGUAGCUGGCAACUCCAGUAUGUACAGUAGAAUUCAAUGUGUAUAUAGACACCACUUAUUAUUUACUAUUCCCAUUGCUUGAAAUUCCCCUGCAUUCCUGACUAAGUGUAAACUUACCAGCAGUGGUUUACUCAAAGUCCGUUAUUUUUUGAAAGACACCUUUUGUUUAUUUUCGAAUGAUUGCGUUCAUUUUCUCUGCCGAAUGACGGUGUACGAUGAGACUUUCGGUAGAAAUUUAUUGUCUGCGCCUUCUUGCAUUUUACUGCUUUCUGUCCAGCUUGUCGCCCCACCCGUGAAAUCCCCUCUACCGUCAUUGAACGUAUGACACGGUCCACAGCAGACGUGGAUGACCCCGUUUCACAUUUAGGCUGCAAGGACGAAAACAACGCAUUUGACUGGACUGUCAUCUUCGGCGUACACUCUUGUGAACGAGGAAAAAGCUGUUCCCGAAAACUUGCGCCCAAGUGGCUUAAGACGGAAAUCACCGUUAUUGGCCUUAUGACUAUAGGCCGCAAACCACCAAGGUGCGGUUCAUCAAUUCAUCGCUCAUACGCAAAAUAAACAUCAAGAAAAGAAACAUUAACAGAAGAAUUAGUACGAGCCUUUAUACCGGACCGAAAUUUUUUAAAGUUUCAAGAAAUCAUUAAAUUAUACGCUGGGUCUCGAGUCCCGUCAAAACACGUUAUAUAAACCCAAUAAGAUAAGUUGCCUAAGCAUCUGAUGGAUCACUGAGAACCUACUUGCUGUCUGAACUUAAAAACGAAACGCCUGACACCUAUCAUUCUGGAAAAUUUAGAGGAGGCCUCUUUUGCAAACAGGCCCUCAAACGCACAUUUACUGCGCCACUUUUCCGACAAGGGCCAGUUAAAACGUUUUUCAAAAAGAAGUCUGCUGAAAGUGAAGGUGUAGCUCUUCUAUUCAAGUGUCCUGCAGGACAGACUUCUACUGAUACAUAAGCCAGAGCAAGGCUCUUAGGCUUUUCAAUACAUUCCAAGCAACAGAGCGCCUGGUUUUUUUCUUUUUUGGGGAUUCCGAUCUCGUUGGAUUUGAGGACGGGACAUGCUCGUAUAGACAGCAUUGCCAUUUAUGAUUCAAAGUCAUUUUCUCAUCGCUUAUGGUAGUGCUUUAGUACGUGCCUAAAGUAAUCCUUCUACCUCUCGCCGACGCUGAUGAUCAGCCGUGAUCUCAACAAUCGCGACACUUUAUUUUAUUCCGGUCUCAUCAAGCCAUGUUGGACGGUUAAAUCGGCCCUGUGUGCAAUCCCAGCCCUACGUGGUGCGACCAAACGACUGACAACUUCCGACAUGUCCUCUGCUGAAAACGGCUGAUGGAAUCAGGGUUAUAUUCGUUUGCAUCCCUCGUCCAAUGUUUGUGACUAUUAGUUACUGCAUUUGUGUGGGCCGUCAUUUUCCCUCAAUACCAGACUAAAGUACUAUAUUUCGUCAACCUUGUCUUCUGGUUCACUGCAUGACAUCUCAACGACUGCUCUCACAGAACUACGCUUGCUGGUGGCGGACUGGUUACUGCUGAACGGGAACAUUUGCAAAAUGUUUGUCUCUUUGCCAAAUAACUUGGUUUUGCAGACCGCCACAAUCAGUGCGCGGCUGAGGUCAUCCUGGAAAACCCUGUGGUUGUUUUCGUGUCGGUCGUGACCUGAUUAUGCGCACUGUUUGCACUAGGAUGUCCUUUUAGUGACUGAGCCCGAACGAAAAACUAAGAAUUGUGGCUUUUGUUUUUGGAGCGGAGAAGCCAUGGUCAGCAGCAGCACAUAGGAGAAUGAUGCUGGCGGAAGUGAGAUGGCAGUUAUUCUGCCAGUUACGAGUCCAAACAAUCUCUUUCCAUUUUUGGACCAACAAAUAAACCAGCACUUGUUUUGCUAUCUCAGUUGUUUUGCAAUCUCAAUAAGAUAGUCACUCGUAAUAAAGUAAGUCUUGUGAGUCAAAAAAUGUACAUCGAGAAAUUCGCCCGGCUGUCAGGCGUGGCUGGGAACGAUUCAGCAAUGGGACUUUCUGCAAGUAAGGGUGCAUUAUGACUUGAUCGUUCCCUACUCAGGAAGAAAGGAAGCAAACGAUACAUGCACAGCCUCAGAGCUGCAGGAAGCCCUAACUGACUGAAAAAUUGAAACCUGUCUCUUCAGACCGAGGAAGGAGUCAUAAAAUAGAACAACACAUUAUCAGCACAAUGGACUCUUCAUUUGCCUUUAAUUUCCUUGAAAAAUCACACCAAAUAUGCUUAUGCUCUGUUAUUGCUCAAUCCAAUUAACCGCCCUUUUUCGCGUUUCAGUGUUGUAGUUUAGCUCCUGAAAAGUCUGGUAGUUAGAUGGCCUGACGAAUGGAUUUAUUUUGGCACCGAAGAGCCCUGACAAAUCCAAAGCCCUAAGGUCAGAAGGUGUGUAUAACUAAACCUACUUUAGAGGUAUUGUGUGUACCUUUGUGUGGUCAAGCGGAUGAGCCGAUUAACUUUAUAAAAUGUCAUGAACUCGUGACGUGAUCGGAAGUUUUAGCGUUCUCGACGCUGACAGGCAGUGCUCACGUAAUGGGGGAGUAACGUCGGAGACGUGAGUAUAUCGAGAGCACGCUGAUUGCGGCCUAAUCUGACUUUACUUAGACAACCACUAAUCUGACCAGCGCCGACGACAGGAUACACGGACAUGCGCAGUUUGACUGUCGCAAACAACGCCAUCCACCGAGUGCCUCACAAGGUGGACCUAACAGUGGUGAUCCGCGUGUAGGUUUGUUUGUUGUGAAUCACUCCUGUACAGCAUCCAUUACACUCUCUCCUCCAUCAACCAGCCUUUCUACGAUGGCCAGACAAAGCCAAGGCAAUCGGUGUCUGAAGAGGGCGCAGCGGCUGACGAGGCAAAACGACCCAUCUAUGCAUGCCACACAGGAUCUGAUGGUCGCUAAACGUGUACCAGGCUACAACGAAGACAGCAGUGACCUGACAUGGCUGUGAACGCCGUAAAUACUGCAAUGACAGGGAGCCACUUCAGCCUAACUGUCGGCCCUUAGAAAGACCGAAUUGCCCAGUCAGCUGAUAGCAUCCCAAGCCAAAACCGAUAGCGUGUCAUAGAAUGCUCGGGCAUAUCAGGUUCAGUGUAGUGCGUAAUGUGUUCAUUUACCGUGAGGAAUGUAUUCCUUAGUGUCGGUCUCACACUCCCCCCUCUCUCUGCUAUACAUCAGUCGACUGUCUGAGCCUAUCAACACACACUGGUGAUCGAAAUGGACGUAGUGACUGACAAGGCCGGACAUCCCGUCGGGUGGCACAAACGAUCUCGUCCUCACUUUAAGUACUCGGCUACACCGGUAAACACGCUUUCACCGGACAAAUGUACACGUUAUACCAUACGACGUCUUGCUCGCCAUACCGGUACCGGUAAAGUGGAUCGCAUGUUUGCUGUAGGAAUGAUGCAUUUUGUGCUACGGAGAGGUUACGUGCAGGCGCUUAUUAUGGAGCAGGCCCGUGUGUAACCCAGGGUUGUGAGCGUAGAUAAAGUGUGAUGUUGUGGAAUGGUGUAGAACAUGUAGCUUUAUCAAAUGGUGUGACGGAUGCGCAUACAUCCGUUGACAAUGUGGGCACUAUGAUGGAGGAUGGGUGCUUGUGCCAAUAUUCCGCGGCAAUUGAGUUUUGCGAACCUCUCGUUUUUUUUCCUAGCAGGGUCUAUUCGGUUGACUUUGAAGAUGGCUGAUCCAGUUUUACGGCUCCGAGUUAAGCCUGUCGAUCUCGACAGGAAAUCCUCCCAGGUCUUAAAGUUGACUUCUAGGUUCUUUCAGCAGGUCUUCAAAGUGUCCAUGUAUCGGCGCUUUUGUCCGCCCUGUUUGACAGCACCCGUUGCCUCGUCGCCUGGAAUAGCCGUUUGGACAGGCCGUCCUCAUACAUCCUCACAAUGUAGCCACUCCAAGCCAAUCGUAAAUUUCCCAACAUGACGUGGAUGUCGAAGACGCCGAUGUUGUCCAGGAUUUCAUUAUCUGACGCUCUUUCCUGUCAUUUCACCUUAAGUAUUCUCCCUGGGUAACUGUGGUGAAAGUGAGUGAGCGUUUCUGUUUGACUUUCACACGCAGUCCACGUCUCCGUUUCGUACAAGAACGGUGUCAGGGUAGCGGCCCUGUAUAUUUUCAGUUUGGUAUUAUGAUUGGUGUUGUAGCAGGUUGAGGGCCUGAUUGUCGUUGAAAAUCUAGUUUACAAUUUUGUCGUCGGUGUAGAUUUUUCUUGAAGUUUUGCUCUCAGAUGCGCAAAUUUUUCACUGGUGUGAGACGAGUAGCACUGAUUUCGAUCCUGCGUUCAGUGUAAUCAUUAUCAGCGUUGUGUUACUGGAUGGAGUCCCAGUUACAGAUGCGUGCUCGGAAGAUCGCGUAGGACUCUAGAAAACAGUUCCUUAAAAUGUUGAAACGGGAUACCUCUGUGGUUGUCACAGGGUUGACGGUUCUCCUUGUAGGCCUCCUUGAAGGCUUGGAGAGAAGUGUCUUUGUAGCCAAAUCUCCCGGAACGACGAAGCAAGCUUGUUCAUGAAUUGGAGCCAGUCGUAUUCAAACUGGCAUCUGUUACACUGUUCAGGUCGUUUCUCGGAGGAGUUUGCCAUUUACGUUCAGUUGAAGACGUCAGUUGAUGGCUUUUUCGUGUACUGUGAACGAGUAGCGGGGUCAUGAAGAAGGAGACACGAGGUAGCUGGGUCAUCCAGCUGCUGCGCGACCCAGGUCUACAAGAUCCGUGACUCCUCCGCUAGGAGGCUUGUUAUAUCCUGUACGAGCUGCUAAGAAAUUCAUCAUCUUACCGUGGUCGGCAAACACUUAGAUUUCCUCAGUUUUGCGAGUCAACCAAUCCGGUCAACCAAAAUACGAUUGCACAGCCGUCCCCGACGGCUGCUGCACACCAUUUUGGGUCACAACAUUGUCACAGCGGAAAGACUCCAAUUAGCGUGGGUCGCCUACAGGAUUGCCAUCGAUGCGUAGGACUUAUGUUUGGGGAUGAGGAAGGAGGAUGGUGGUUUGUUUAGACACAACCUGAUGUAGGAAUACACGCACUCCCGAACACUCUCAUCUCGUCUAGCCCGCAGGUGAAGGACGAUAACUGGGGUGGGGCCACCGUGCUGAAAACGGUUUUGUGGAGGUACAAACUACAGCUUUUGCUAUAUCUGGAUGAAGUAGAUUUUCCGGCCGGGUUAACCGAUGUGUUUGUUAGUAACCAUCGGUGGACUUACCGAUGCCGUGAUCUUGAUUGACCUAACCGGCCUAUAUUGUGUUGCUAUUACUGCUUCUCUAUGCUUGAUACUUUUCCCGUAGUGUAUGUGCGGCAGGGUACCUUCGAUGAGGUACUGUCAUGCAAUAAAUGUUCAACCGCACCGACGAACCGGGAGUGACCGCACCUUUGCGAUGCGGGUUUCCGUCUACGACGCUCCCAUCGCAUCAUGUGUACGUGCGCAACGCGCGUUGUUCACGGACGGGGUCUCUCAUGCAAUUCAUAAGCCCUCCGUCGAACUCAAGUUCAGGAAUGCCCCACCACCUGGCAUUCCCAAUGGCAACUACGGGGGUUUUAUUAGUACAGGAAUAAUCACACACAGAUCCACCGGCCUUCCGAAGCAGACGAGCUCCGAAUGUGUAAAAGGUCACGAAAAGGCAACCACCUAUCGAUCAACUAAGGCGAAGACGCAAGUGGAUGUGCAUGCCAAUUUCUAUGCAAUCACACAUUUCACACUUCUUUGCUUCAAAAAGCAAUGUCAAUGCCCAUCAUGAUCGAUUGUCAUCUUACGUGAAAGAGGAACUUCGAAGCCAAUCAUUAGAUACGGGAGCCAGAAAAAGUGCCCUCAGCAUAAUACCGGGUCAGAAGUGAAGCAAAUCGUCUGCUUACACUAGUUAGGGAGCAGCAGUUGGAAAAAAACCGUGGGCAAAAGGUGAGAAGAUAAUGCUCUCAAAAAGUAACUUCAUGUCAAGAUGAUUUACUAGGUAGUUAUGGCAUUUCCAGUCCGUGGAUGCACUGAGCAGCCCACAGAGACGUGUGACGUACAUACACACAAAUCGUUCGAAAUUCAAUGGGCUAACGGAAUCGGGUCGUAGAUGUUGCAAAUCGUUUUUGGAUCAAAAGAUAAGAUCUAUACAUUUGAAUUAAAAUAAAAUGAGUCGUAUUCUUGUAGGAAAGGACUGGUCCUUUAUUUCUCAAUUUACUAGUUACGUUGUGAGGUACACCAGUCUUGAUCCCCAUGAUAAGACCAGAAGUAGUAGCCAGAGGGGCAGCCCACGGUUUCGCCACGAAGCUGAAGAAACUUAUCCAACUCCGCCUUCCAACCCUUAGAGGAUGAUUUACGAGUGUAAAUAGGCUUGCGCAAAGUUAAAAUAGAUAUUUCUGCUUCACGUGAAGUGCUGACGUCAUUUUUGACAACUUUAAUGAUGAAAGUACAUGUCUAUUCAAACAUUAUUAAGUAAAACACUUCUUUUGGCCGAGUCGUAAUUUGAAAAAAACCGACAUGGAUUUUCAAAAACCAGGUUGUUACGUGAAUUUUAAGCAGCUAGCCACUCCACAGAUUUUUCGAAGAGGAAAGUGCCCUAUUACACUGUAUUUCUUCAGUUGCAAUUAUUUCUAUAUAAAUAGCUUGACUGCCAACAUAAGCGAGUAGGCGAGUUCCAGGGAGCAGUUCGGAAGCAGAUGCAAUCGCUGAAAGAAGAAGUUUACCGGCCUGGCGUUUCGAAUUCCCACUCAAACCCAUCCUAAGCGAGAGUCGCAGGUAAGGGUAGUGGGGGUACAAAGAGCGCAGCAUCUACUGGACUGAAUAGCCGUACAACUGUAUGCCUGGCACAGUUAUCUGCACCCGCCUUCAUUGCGUGGGAUCGUAUUUCAUGCGAUGAAUGCUUGUUACUCUGCUCCCGAGUCGUUAAUUACCGUGAUUUUAUCAUCAUUGUUGACCCCCGGCAUGAUAAUUACUCGGACAUUUAGCCCGCCGUCACUGGGACUGGUGGCCUCCCACGCGUUCCCCUCGUGGCUAAUUACUUUACUCAGGCAGUCUCAGUACGAAAUACUGGACCAGGAAGUUAUUGUGCUUGUUAAAUGAGUUAGGGCCGCAGAACCAUGGCUCAAGCAGUUCGCAGCUCACGCGGCGGUCUACUCUGGCUAGUAUUUCUGCGCCGUUAAAUUCAGAAGUGUGGUCGGGUCUCGUCAAAUAGGCCGCGAUCUUAGAGUCCGGCGUCGUACCUCUUCAUUGAUGCUUCGUGUUCGGGCAUUCGCAUCCGGAGUACUCUCUCAGUUUUUCCGACGUAGUUGUUUUGUCUGUAACUGCAACAGAUCCGGUAAACGACUCAGAUGUUCCCUGCCGUGGCAUUGGAUUUUUCAGCCUCAUGGCCUGGCGUUUGACGGUUGCCUCCGGCCUGUGUGCAGCCCUGACUCCAAGACGUAUGAGAAGAGGGCUGACGACUCCCAAGACGUUCUACUCGCCAACAUUUGGGACCGGUUGGUUUAGGUUUCUCAUCUCCUUUGCGCAUGUACCGAGGGACGAAUUUUCGCGGUUAACUAUUAGCUUUAAACAUCCGUCUACAGUAUUGUAAUUCAACAACCUCGUCUUCCGGAUCGCUACAAUACAUCUCAACCCGCCGGUAUAAUGCCAUUACGUAACUGUAAUUGUGGUUCACUGGGUGGUUGCUCUUAGGCCUCAGUACUUGCGUCGUAUCAGUCGCUUUCCUGAACACUUUAGUUUUUAGUCUACCACACUCUUUGCGGCAGACGAGGACAUAAGGCAGGCGAGCUGAUUGUCUUCUUCCUCGUCCAUCAGGGGUUGUAUGUGGUGGAAGACCGCGGUGAGAUGCUCUUUAAAUGCGAGAACCUGGUCUCGUUCGACGAUGACGAGGGUGUUAUCUGCAUACUGAGCCGAAAAUUAGGGUCCGUGGCGUAGGAAGUCCAAAGGCUUCAACCGUUGGAGUAACAGUAUAAAGGAAGUUUGUUAGUCUUUAAAACAUAGGUCAUAACCCAGAGGCAGUUAAGCAGAUAAAAGAAGGCUACAACUUUCGCGCAUUUCGAAAAUACCAACUGGGAGGUGUGCCGUAAAACAUUAUUUAAAAUAUUCGCGUGGGGCUUGCACUUGCGUCGAUUCCUAUGUCAAGAAGUUUCAAAAGAAGAUAAUGAGACCGCUGGAACGAGAAGUUUAUUGGCCUGACGUCUCGAAUCCCCACUCGAACCCAUCAUCAGAGACAGUAGUAAAUAUGUGUUGCUCAAAGAUAUCCGUGCGACAGAACACGCAAUAAACAGUUUUUCUCAUCUUCAGACCACCUCUAACAAACAAGACCUCCCAUAGUCUGAAGAAGCCUAACGCAGAGAAAUGUCGACGUAGGGCGAAAAUCGCUACGGCGUUUAACAGUAAAGCAGAUGAUAAGAAUAAAGGAAUCAAAGCCAGUGGCUGAGGAUAAAUUUGCUGGAAAACCCAUCAUGGGCUGCAGACUACAGUCUCGCAAACGAGCACUUUCAGAGUUUCACUGUCCACAUUAUCCGGUUCAGACUUUCCAAAAUGUUUUUGCUGCAAUCAUUAUUAUUGGAAAUACUUAAUGAAAAACGACACUCGUUGCUGUUUCGAUUGUUUAAUUUCGUCAGCCUUGAAGCCCAGCUCAGCGUCUUCAGACAAGACCACAUAACGACAAGCAGUCGACAGUUGAAGUCGGUUUAUCGAAACGAAGAGACCAGGGCGGUCGUUUAAGAGGGGCUCGAAAAUAAUAUCCGCGCAAAUAGCUCCUAACAGUAGCUCAUGGGGUGUGGACUAAUCGUAACUAGAUCGAUGGGUGACAACAUAAUUAUUGAAGAUAAUAACGCUAGCCAGCGAUAGUAUUAAAGAAGCACCCAAGUGUGAACCCGCAAUCAGGGUUAACAGUCCGAUGAAUGCGUGAAGGAGUAACGGGAUCCAUAAGGUUAAGAUACGACAUUUUGAAUCACGACAGUUGUCAGAAUUGCACGAAAGAUUUCUCGCACAGACAGAACUCGGCUUACUAUUGGAAUUGCCGUCACCGGGGUACAUUGCCAGAUUUAACCGGGAACCCUAAAUAAAUGUAGUACGUUUUUGUUAGGAGUGCUUACGCUCUCAAACACAAGAGUCAGCCGAUCACUGGAGGCCACGUGCGUUUUCUCUAUUGCGCUGUCAUCUUAAUCGUGGCGGCUCUCCAUUGGCUUUUCCCCUCGAGCCUGAUCGAUCUGCGCAUUCGAAUUAUCGAUCAACUCGUCUGGAAUGUUCUUCCCGAAGGGCAUUGGGCCGAAUGCCGGCGAACCACAGUAGGGCAUUAUAAAUGUGCAUUACUUCCAGUUAGUUUUGACAUUUUCGUGGCUGGUCGCGUUCUUCUUCUCUGCCGCGUUGGUAUUGGGGCCAAGAGUCGGGCACGCAUGCGCUCCCACGUGCUUCCAGGUACCAGGCCGGGUCAUAACAGUUUUUCAAAUGAAAAUUAGCCGACUAGGCAGUAAUCAUCUUUUUGAAUUAGAUACAUUACUCCAAAUAAUUAGGAAUAGGACAAAAAGUUCUUUACGUGAAGUUAAGGUUCACCGACCGGAAAAAAUACUAAAUUGGUCUAAGCGUUUGCACAAAUCUGAUUGAAGAAUAGGCCAAAAAGCCCGACUUCCUAAAGUAACUUAUUAGUUUUUGUACCAUAAUCGCACUUAUUGCAGUUUAUUCUGGUUCACAAUGUGUUUUAUUCUGACCCAGGAGUUUCAAAACUGGUUUUGAAAGACAUUUGAAAUAUUCGCGGUGGUAGUAGCACUAUGCUUUCAUGUUUUUUUCAUCUUAAAUCCUAACUGACAAUGUCUUUCUUAGGCGCUGUUGUGCGUGUUACGGAAUCGAAAGAAACAGUGCAUGCUCCGGUUACAGGGACGCCAUCUCGUUCAGCAAGUUAAUCCACAGCUUUUUCGUCGUUACCGAUGAUGUUCACCGUGUGCCUCUCAGCAUUGUGGGCGCAAGAACUGUGACUUGAGCAUGAAUCGGUUUGUGGCGAUAGUGGAAUUGCGCUGCAGCAACCACACUCCCCCAAGCCUCACCCAACUGAGCUCGGUAUUAAGUCUAAGUUGAGAAUACCGGAGAGGGGAUCGGAUGCAGUGACUUACAAAGUUAAACGAUUCGUCUGAGUGUGCUACGCAUGCCUGGUAGGCGCACGAAGGACCAAGAUUUCAUACAGCAAGGAAGAACACCAGCUCGGAUUCCAACUCAAUAGAAAUGUUAUAAAGGACACGUUAAGAAUGAACUAUUGCAGCCUGACUCUCCGCCUUGAAAGGAGGAUUGGGAUACAUCGUCAAUUGGCAGCCUUCCACGCGAUGGCCUUUAGCGCACCGUGACAGACUCGGGCACGUCUGCUUGUUUACAGUGAGGAAUAUGCACUGAAAUGCCGAGAGGACGCAGUCCCCAGAGUCUACCUCACCUUCUUUUCCCUCUCCCAGGCACCAGCUCACUGUUCGUGCCGGCCAGCCAUCUGAUACGGGAUUGGGCGCAGUUAACUUGUGCAGUAUGAGUCUGCGUCUAGGCGUGCUGCAACGCUUCCUCUGUAUGGCAUUCGCAAUGGGUGCGUAGCCCAAAACGUGCGCCGUACUCUGAGCUGGUCAUCGUGUUGGGUCAGUGCAACUCCUGCGUGGCCUGUUGUAGGGUCACAGCACAUUAAUCAAUACUUAUAUUGCAGGCCCAUAAGCGCGCCACGCCGGUCUAGUUAUCUCACACGAAAGAACAAGAACUCUGAAAUCUUGCCUUCAUUUCCGUUUUUCGCGCACCUUUCGCUAUUUUACUACCUCCAUUCGCCAACCUGCCAUAUCUCCUGAUCCGUUAAAAGUGCAGCGGUGUGAUAGGACGUAGCUUUCGCAUUCCUUCGUCGUCCUUACUUAUCGACAUCACUAUAUGACGGCAUUGCACAAAGAUUACUCAUUUCACUGGUCGAAUGCUCUUAGACGUGACUUACCCUCUUUCUUCUGAUCUAAAGACUUGUCGUCUUUUCGUCCGUGAACAAAGUUCGUCCCAUUUUUCGACAUACGUUGCCCUAUCCACAGCCAUUUAUACUAUCCCAGUCCAAACUUUCGACAUGCCAAAAGGAUGGAAAAAGGAAAUUAGAGUUUGGCUUGCCACUCUGAGGAUCAAAUGUUUUUUUCCUUGCGUUGCUAAUGUACAGUGUCCAUGACGUCCCGAAAAUUUAAAAUAUCCCUUAGAUCACGCUGGUACAUUUUUAGGAAAAGCCUCCUUAAGCCUCACGUGCUGGAGUUGAGUAGUCAGAAUUUUUUAAUAGCAUGCAUGCUGGCUGCACCUCUGCUUUUCAGUGUUGGCCACAUGACCUGGUUAGUAACCAAGGUGCUUUUGUCUGCCUUUCUCGAAAAUAUGCUCGGUUUCGGAAGAGGAGCCUUCACGCACCCCUGUCACGCAUGAAACAGGUCCUCUCAUGGUACUAUUUUGGAAUUUCAGAUGUUAAUCCCUAAAUAAAUGGUGAAGCUUGCAAACCCUCAGACUCAUGCCAGUCAAAACUUUGUUGCUUUUUGCCUCUUGCUGCCAACGAACAGGUAGAAGUUUAUAAAAGAAAAAAACGCCUUGAUAAAAAGUUUGUAAAAGAAAGACCAAACAUUUUUUCGAUUUUUAAUCGAAGCAAGCGACAUAAUUCACACUUAACUGGCAUAGGCUUGUCAAGCGAACCCUUUCACCCAUUGUUUAUCAGGUCCCUGCAUUAUAUGUAGACCAGGGUACUUCAGCUGUUAAAGUUGCCAGAGAUCUGAGAGGGUGUUGACGAAAAAGGGUAAUUUACCCCCUGCAUCGGUCAGCAAAACGGGAGCUGCUACUGCAUCGGACCUAAGCGGAAUACGUUUAACACGCGCAAACUUGGUUUCAUGUGGCGUCAUUUACUGCGCCCGAAAUCCGUCCCAUCGAAGUGACUUGGUUUUCACAUGGAUUCAUGGUGGAAGAGGAGGAAGAAUCCAAGGUCGGUUCAGCGCGGUGUUUUCUUAUCGCCUUUCAGUUAUCACGUCAGCGUUGGCGUAGAUGGCGGCCAACUGGGGGAACAAUUGUGUCGUCGGGGCUGUAAAUCAGGUUGCAAUGACCCAUCCUAAUAUGGACCUACGACGACACUCGCCAAAGUCUGAUUUGUAGGGGUUGACAAAUCAGCCAGUGCGUGGCGCACGAUGCAUUUCGAACCAGCCACUCCACCUGAUCUCAUUUCCAGCAGUAUCGACAGUGUUGAUUCAAGCGAAGAUGCGAGUUCCAGAAACUGGUUGAUCAUCGUACUAGUUGAUCGUCGUACUGGACAGAACAGACUACCUUCAGAAGGCCAAAAACCUACUGGAGGAUCGCCAGUUUUAUGUCCUAUGUGAACGCAAUCCCGUAAAAAUGCUGACACGCAAAAUUAAUGCGACACUGGUGGCACUGGAGAACUCGAGUGCAAUAACACCAACCAACCGACGCAAGGCGAGAGCCCGAGAAACGGCCUUGACCCGAUUCUAUGGUCUCCCCAAGGUGUACAAGGAGGGCGUUCCUCUCCGGCCCAUUGUAUCGCUCAAAGGUACUCCAACGUACGGACUGGCAAAAUGGCUGUUUCGGCGCCUCGAAUUUCUGACCGCUGAUUCGGACACCACCGUCUCUUCGUCAACACAAUUCCUGGAGAAGCUUAAGGGAGUAAGUCCAUUGCCAAAUGAGGUCACUGUACCUUUUUAUGUCACGUCCAUCUUUUCUUCUAUCCCCCAGGAUCUGGCAAUCGAGACCAUCGAGAUAAUCCUACGAAGCAAAUACAAUGAAACGGAGAAUCGUCACGGACAUGCCCUAGUCCUUCAGCUCCAAAAGUUCUGUCUCAGGAGGUACUUCACGUUUGACGGAACAAUCUACGAGCAGGUGGAAGGAACACCAAUGGGCUCGGCGAUUUCGGGAUUCAUCGCCGAGGCAGUCCUACAGCGGUUGGAGUCGCUGGUCUUCCAACACCGCAGAUCGAAAUUCCGGGCUCGGUAUGUGGACAAUAUCUUCGUCGUCGUCAUCGAACGGGAUCAGGUGUUAACAUUCAAAGAGCAUUUCAACAGCGUCUUCCUGGAUAUAAAAUUUACGAUGGAGGAGGAAGAAAAGAACCAGCUGGCCUUCCUUGAUGUCCUCGUCUGUUGCAAAGAUUGUGAUGGCCUAAAGACCAACGUGUUCACAAAAAGCGACGAACACGACGUAAAUACUGAACUCCAGCAGUAA